AACCUUGAAGCGUCCUGCGCCGGCCCCACCACCCUCACCCUCACCCUCACCCUCGCCCUCGCAACAAGCGACAAGGCCCGGGGCAGAAAGGCUUUGCAGGGUCUGGCGACGACGCUUGCGAGAUCUCCUGCUAGCCCGCGCGACAAACAAGACGGCCAGCCAGCGACCAGACUCAGGAAUCACACCGGCUGCACCGCUGCUGCACGCCGUGCCUGUAACGUGGACCGUCCGUCGAGGCCUGCUGCUGCUCCUAGCCCAGCGAUCCGGAAGAGGAGCUAGGGUUUGCUCGAGAACCCUUGUCAGAGGCCGCGAGAACGAGAGAGUCACAGCCGGGAGGGAAAAAAUAAUAAUAAUACAAUGUCAAUAAAUUGGGUAAUGCUCAACCAGGGCGGAUUCGUGAAGCUUAGCAACGAGCGAAUCCUGUGGAAGCUCGAUGGGCGCAUAUCCUGCGAACUGUCCGUCCCCCCGGAGCUAAAAGCUCGCUGCGUCCCGUUCCAUCGCAAGAGUGACAAGGGAGCUCUCUUCCUGACCAACAAGCGGAUCAUCUACCUCCCCGCAAAGCCGACCCAGGAGCCAAAGUUCGAAUCCUUCAGCGCGCCCAUUCUGAAGUUCCAGGACUCAACCACCUCGUCGUCCAUGUGGUGGGGAUGGAUCUGGAAAUCGGACUGCAUCCCCGUGUCGGGCGGCGGCAUCCCGCCGGAAAUACCCCGCGUCGAGGUCAAGCUCACCUUCUCGGACGGCGGCAUGAACGAGUUCAAUGAGACGUACAUUGGCCUGCGCGAGCGCCUGUUCCAAUAUCAGGAGAUGCGCAGGGAGAUGGGCGCCAGCACCGAAGUCCCCGACGAGCCCCUACCUGCGUACGAGGCACAGGGAGACCGACAGGAGCAGCCGGCGUCGAGCCAGCUGGCCGUGCCGGGGCCGAACCGCUCCGACAGCUCCUCCAGCCGCCGCGCCCCCAACGAGCCGCCGCCGAACUACGACGAGGCGCAAGCGCAGCAGCUUAGCAACCGCCUGGAGGACCACAUCCGGAACGAGGUCGACCGAGGCGCCGCAGACGACUAG